CGGUGUGGCCAGCACCGGGUCCUGCCCCCCUCCGCGCUCCGCCGGCGAUCGUUUACCCGGGGUCAGGCCAGGCCGGCUGCCCCCGCUCGGCCCCGCGGGGAGGCCGAGGCGCCCUCGUCCCCCCCUCGACUCCCCUCAGCGACGCCCCCCGCCCCGACGUAACGUCACCACCAUGCGCACCUUACGCGCCCUCCUCAUUGGCGGAGCCGCCCCCGCCCGCUGCCGCGCUGAGGACCCGAGGGGGGAACAGAGCCUCCCCCCGCCGGCAUGGGUGAAGCGGCGCAGCCCCCGCGGCCGGGGAUCGGCGUGGGGGUGGUGGUCACCAGCCCCGCGCACCCCAACUGCGUCCUCCUGGGCAAGAGGAAAGGCUCGGUAGGGGCCGGCACCUACCAGCUCCCCGGAGGUCACCUGGAGUUCGGGGAGAGCCUGGCGGAGUGCGCCGCGCGGGAGACGCUGGAAGAGGCGGGGCUGCGCCUGCGCCGCCUGCGCUUCGCCUCCGCCGUCAACGCCUUCUGCGCCGCCGCGCGCUACCACUACGUCACCGUCCUCAUGAAGGGCGAGGCCGAGCCGGGGGCGGAGCCGUGCAACCGCGAGCCCGAGAAGAACGAGGGUUGGGAAUGGGUUAAGUGGGAUGAGUUUCCACCGGCAGAUCAACUGUUCUGGGCCCUGCGCUGCUUACGAGAGCAAGGUUACAAUCCCUUCACAGAAGAGCUCGACCAUCUCAGGGGGUACACGGGAAGUCACCAACUAGGCUAAAAACUUAAUUGCACAUUAUGGAACAGACUGGAGGACAGACCUGUUGGUUUUUUUUUUUGUUUGAUGUAAAAGAAAAAAAAAGGAUAAAUAUCAUGCUUGCUCUGCCCCUAUCAAAAUAUGACCCUUCCCAAAGCCAGAAAGAUGCCAACGUUUCUGUGCUUUUACCAUAUUUCACACAACUGUUGUCUCUCAUUCCAGAGCUAUUUCUAGCUCUAGUGGUUAAUGUUUUCCUUUGUAGAAAAUUCAGUGUUUUAUCUGGUUAAUCCUUACAUAGAUGAGUAUCCCUUUGGAAGGCAGAACUUGUCAGAGCAGCUCACUCACUUGGAAACGGUUGUAGUAUCAGGCCCCAGAGAAACUGAUUGGUGUAAACCACUGUCCUGCUUUCUGCGUGAAACUACUUGGUACGUCGUGCUGCUUUCCUUUAAUUAUAAAUAUUGGACCAAUUUUUAAACUUCGCCUUGUUUCACAGCUUCAGUUAAGACACUGUCAUGAACAAAAGUCUCAUUUUACAGACAGUGCCUCAUUCUCCUGCCGACAGUAGUACGUACUUGGAAAACAGUGUUUAUAAACAGGAAAAGGCUGCAGUGGCAAUUUCCCUGACCCUUCUUGCCACCCCCUUUUCAUUACAGAGUUCUGUUUACAGCCUCAGUUACAUUAGAAUUUAUCUGCAGGAGCAUUUCAGAUCUCUGCAAGUUCAUCUUCAUUUCUGAUCAUGUUACUAAACCCUUGAACAGUUUAACCAAGAGGCACCUACACUAUUCUAUGAGGUUGACACAAAUUACCAUUGUACAAACCAAUCUCAUUUGUAGGUGUAGCUCUACAGCAGACAGUCAUACUUUUCCACUAAAGAAGGUUGUCAGUAUUUAAACAGCACAGAUGGGUGCAAUUCUGUAUGGCUGCUGGGAUUUGAUAGAGUUAAUUUUCAGUGACUAAAUGACUGAACAGGUAAUGAAUGAAAUCGCAGUACACAAAGGUAGAUACAAAUGAGUUAAUAUUUUUUAUUUUUCUAGAAUCUGUAACCAAAUUUGAUUCUUUUCCAGCUGUAAGUCAUUAGCACAUCAGCAAUUAAUUUUAGGAUAUGACUUUUAAAAAAAUAACUAGUUGGGUAAUUUUUUUUCCUCUUUGGGGUUCUUUCAAAGCACUGUUUUUGUCUGUUUCCUUUAGAUAUACUCAUUGUACAAAAAAUGUUCUGAGAUGCCUUUAAUUUCUUUUGAAUAAAACAUAAGCACAAUAUCGAAGGAUUAAAA